AUGUACCUUUUUUCCACGGUAGUUGCCUCUUUGGCCGUCUUUUUUCUCUUGAAAUGGAUGAAAAAGAGCCGCUACUGCACCGACGUCAAACGACUGGAUAGCAAAACGGUUCUUAUUACAGGCGGGAGUUGCGGCAUCGGCAAAGAGACUGCCGUCGCCUUGGCGACAAGAGGCGCUCGCGUGGUGAUCGCCUGCCGGGAUGCCGACAAGGCUGCCAAAGCGGUGCGGGAGAUCAAGUUCCGCAGUCGCAGCCUGGCGGUUGUCAGUAUGGAGCUGGAUCUGGCCAACCUCCGUUCGGUGCGUGACUUCUGCAAGACGUUCCUGCAGCAGGAGAAGAGGCUCGACAUUUUGAUCAACAAUGCAGCCAUGCCAGGCGUCCUGGACUGGACAGACGACGGCUUCAGCAUGUGCCUGGGCGUCAACCACCUGGGCCACUUCCUGCUGACUAACCUGCUGCUGGGCCGCCUGAAGGAGUGCGCCCCCAGCCGCGUGGUCACGCUCACCUGCUCCAGCUACAAGUACCAGAAGCUGGACUUCCGGGACCUCAACUACAACCUGCUGCCCUUCUUCACAUACUGCCGUAGCAAGCUGGCCAAUGUCUACUUCAGCCAAGAGCUUGGCCGCCUCAUGCAAGGGAAGGGCGUCACGUCCUACGCCGUUCACCCCGGCUUCGUGCAGAGCGACUGGACGUGCCACUACUCGUUCUUGUUCCGGACUGUGAUGCGGGUCCUCAUGUGGAUGUUCUUUGUUCCGUGCGAGACCGGCGCGCAGACCGUGGUCUACUGCGCCGUUUCGGACGAGGCGGCUCAUCGGGGAGGCGGUUACUUCGCGGACUGCCGGCCGGCCGCCCUGCGACCGUUUGCCCGCGACGCCGGAGCGGCCAAGAAGCUGUGGGAGGCCAGCGAGAGGCUGGUCAAGCUCGUGUGA